CUACUCUUAUCCCCUACUCAACCCCUCCUCGAGCCAUCUCAGCAAUGUGGCCCUUCUCCACUUCGGCGUACAUCGAAGUUUCACGCAGGAAGCUCCUAGUGCGCCAAGAGGCUCUGCGUGCAGCGCGUACACGAUCUUUCGUUCCUGAGGGAAUAGAAGAGAGUAUCUUACGCGCGACAGCGAAGGAGAUUGUCGAGCGUAUCUCUAAGGGCGAGUGGACCGCGUCCGAGGUGCUCGAAGCCUACAUCUCGCGCGCGCUUCUCUCGCAGGACCUGACCAACUGCCUAACCGAAGUGUUCUUCCGCGAGGCGCGUGCACAGGCAAAAGCGCUUGAUGCUGAGUUUGCCUCAACGGGAAAGAUUCGCGGCCCGCUCCAUGGAGUCCCUGUGAGCUUCAAGGAUGUCUUCGACGUCAAGGGAUACGACACUACCAUGGGCUUCUCGACACGGGCUCACAGGCCCUGCUUUGAGGAUGCACAGGUUGUGGCUCUCGUCCGUCAGGCGGGUGGCAUCCCCAUCGCGAAGACCAAUGUGGCGCAGCUAGUUUUCUUCUUCGAGUGCACUAACCCCGUAUGGGGUCGUACCCUCAAUCCUUAUUCCCGCUCGUAUACGUGCGGAGGGACUAGCGGUGGCGAAGCCGCUCUUCUCGGCAUGGAUGGUGCUGCUCUCGGCUGGGGAACCGACAUUGGUGGCUCUCUAAGGAUCCCUGCGUCAUUUUGCGGUAUCUACUCGCUGAAGCCUGGCUGGGGGAGAAUCAGCACGGCCGGUGCAAUCGGUACAUGGCCCGGGUUCGAGGCGAUCCGCACUGUGGCAGGGCCAAUGGGAAGAUCCGUGGAGGACGUCGAGCUUGGCGCACGCCUCGUCUUCGGCAAACUGGGUACCGAGUACGACCCCGCGCCAGUACCGUAUCGAGAGCCGGACAUGCCGCAGAAGCUGCGCUUUGGGUUCUACAUCUCAGACAACUUCGUCAAGCCGUCCCCCGCGAACCAGCGGGCGGUGCUCGAAGCGGUUGAAGCGCUGCGUCGCGCAGGCCACGAAUGCAUCGAAUUCACAGUGCCACAAGCACCCCGAGCCAUGGAGAUCUUCAUAGGCCUCACGGCAGCAGAUGGCUACAAGACCCUCGCUGCAGAGCUUGGGAACGAUCCAGUUGAACCUGGCGUGUCAUCCCUCCUGCUUGGUCCGUGGCUGUAUGGCUGGGUGCGGAAUAGCAUGGCCUGGAUGAUAGGGAAACUAUUCAAGGACGACAAACUGUCCGGCACCGUGCGCGCAGCGUCCUGCAAGUCCGUGCAGGAAUUCCACAACUGGGUUCGGCAACGAGACGACUACUCCCGCAUGUUCUACCGUGAGGUCUGGGAUGGGCAUGGGUUUGACGGCCUUUUGGCGCCUGUGCUGGCGCUGCCGGCAUUGCCCCACGAUUCCUGCAAGUUCCUCUCCGCUCUCGCGGCCUCCACGCUCCUUUACAACACGGUUGACAGCCCCGUUGGCGUCAUCCCCGUCACGCACGUCCGCCUGUCGGAUGCCGCGACGACCGAGUGGACGAACCCACACAUCGGGGCCGGACACGGGUCGCCUGUGGUCGAGAAGCUUCUGUAUGGGAAACCGGACGAACACGGGAUCGGGAGGGGCGGCUUCUACGACGCAGAGAAGAUGGCGGGCAUCCCCGUGGGCAUUCAGAUCGUCGGCAAAAAGUGGGAAGAGGAGAAGGUCAUCGAGAUGAUGAAGGUUGUCGACCGGGCCUUAGGACCCAGGCCGUUCGGACCCCUGGCCUGGGAGAAACAAGGUCGAUGAGCUUAGCCUGCAUAGCAGGAGCGCGACGACUACUGUACAUCCGACUCGACACUACGACAUUCUAUUUGGCCCGGGAUGUUUGCUAUCCUAUACGUUUAUAAUUGCUGUACUAACUCUCCCUUGUUGCUGCUGGAUCCGCUCAUACUGCGCGGUCAUUAUGCCAGCGAAGAGCUCCCAAUUCUCAUGUGGCCAGGGCUGCAGAACGGAAGGGGUGCCUGUGGGUGCCUAUGGAUGCAAGUUCACAUAUCAACCCGACAGCAGGGCUGCCGUGAUCGACGAAUAUGAGCGGCCAGGCGAUCGACUGCCGACCAGGGGCAACUCCGCACGCACGAUCGACAGAAAAUUCCUAGACUCGCCCGAUGGAACACACAAGUGUC